AUGCUGCAGGCACUGACUGGACUACAGUUUCAGCUUAGAGGAAAGCUACAGGGUCAACAGUGGACAGACAAGCACCCUCAAGAAGAAGCCCAUGAACAUUAUUCACAGUGUCAUAUGCCUGUUUCACAGUAUCCUGAGUUCAAUGGAUUUUUUUCAGUGGGAACACACUUUUCAUCAGGCAAAGCUCCAGCAAUCACAGAGGUACAAACGCACUUGGAAAAUCAGUCUAGGUACCAUAUACAACAAAGCCAGAGGCACCAAGUGAAGCAGUACCUGACCCUCGACACCAAGCUGUCCAGCCAGACGCUCUCCCUGUCUCACUCUCACACAAUCCAGCCUGUGGGAGUGACCUCCAUUUUAAGAAACGGACACAUGCCUCCUGUCAGUGAUAUUGGCACACCAGAGAGCCCUGUGACCAAGCUGCUGGCCCUUGGAGGAGAACAUGAAAAUGCGAUGGAAGAGGUGAUUGAAGACAUAAUCAACAUGGAAUCAAGUUUUAAUGAUGAAGGGAUAGGGUGUUCUGAAACUCCACUACUAAUGCAAAGGACUCUAUCUAGCAGUAUUUUGGAUAUAUAUAACAGUGACCAGGGAACGGCACCAGCUAAUAUGGGUCUCACAAAUGCUUCUUGCCCAUCAAAUCUACCAGUAAAAAGGGAACUCACAGAAGCAGAUACACGAGCAAUGGCAAAGGAGAGACAAAAAAAGGAUAACCACAAUCUCAUUGAAAGGAGAAGAAGGUAUAAUAUUAAUUACCGAAUCAAGGAGCUUGGCACACUCAUCCCUAAGUCUAAUGAUCCUGAUAUGCGCUGGAACAAAGGAACUAUUUUAAAAGCAUCAGUGGAGUACAUCAAGUGGCUACAAAAAGAACAACAGAGAGCCAGAGAAUUAGAACACAGGCAGAAAAAAUUAGAGCAUGCUAACAGAAGACUUCUACUCCGAAUUCAGGAACUAGAGAUCCAGGCACGUGCACAUGGCCUGCCAGUCAUGUCUUCACUUAGCACGGUCAAUUUAGCUGCACAGGUCAUCAAGCAACAGUCUUACCCAGAGGAGAACUCUGUAGACUACUCUCAACAAAUGCCUCUGGCACAUGGACCAAAUUCUGAUGUUUGUGACGGAUCCACAGCCUUUUCUGAUCCACUUUCACACUUUACGGAUUUGUCCUUCAGUGCAGCUUUAAAAGAAGAGCAACGACUAGAAGAAAUUUUACUAGAUGACACAGUGUCACCAUUUGGGACAGAUCCACUCUUGUCCUCCACAUCCCCAGCUGCAUCAAAAGAGAGCAGCAGAAGAAGCAGCUUUAGCACAGAUGACGGAGAUGAUUUAUAG